GAGUGUUUCGGUGAACUGACUGUGGAAAAAGUUUUAACCAGUUACGCAAACUGGAAAACAUUGCACAUUGUGUGUGAACUUCAACUGAUCGUCAACCUGGAAGGGCAAGAGGACAGCGAUGCCACGGAGAAACCGUGGAAGUGUGCGGACUGUGGAAAGGGAUUCACGUGUCCAUCAAAGCUGGAAACUCAUCGACGCACUCACACAGGGGAGAGGCCGUUCACCUGCUCGGUCUGUGGGAAGGAAUUCUCUCAGUCCUCCAACCUGGCAUUGCACCAGCGGGUUCACACCGGGGAGAAGCCGUACAGCUGCUCUUUGUGCGGGAAGAGAUUCACUCAGUCGUACAACCUCGCAUUACACCGGCGAGUUCACACCGGGGAGAGGCCAUUCACCUGCUCCGUGUGUGGGAAAGGAUUCAUUAAUUCAUCCAACCUGGUGUCACACCAACGAGUUCACACCGAGGAGAAACCAUUCAGCUGCAUCUCUUGCGGAAUGAGCUUCAGGCUUUCAUCCACUCUGCUGAAACACCAGCGAGUGCACACUGAGGAGAAACCAUUCAGCUGUGCUGACUGUGGUAAAAGCUUCAGGCAUUCGGGCAGCCUCACUGUACACCAGCGCAUUCACACUGGGGAGAGGCCAUUCACCUGCUCCGCAUGUGGAAAGGGAUUCACUGAUUCAUGCCAAUUGUUGAGACACCAGCGGGUUCACACUGGGGAGAGGCCUUUCAUCUGCUCAGAGUGUGGGAAGGGAUUCAUUGAUUCAUCGCAACUGUUAAAACACCAGCGAGUUCACAAGUGACUGUGUGGAUCAGACUCUGCUGUUAUCACAGGAAUGAACCAUGUUUAUUCUUACAGUUGGGGUAUGUUUCUGCUGAUAUUAAUAAUCUCUGGGCUGCAGUUUAAUACCCUGAAUCUGUAGCUGAUGGCAUUCUCAGCAAUGCAGUGUCCCACUGUCUUUCCCCAUAAUUCAGGAACUCUCAUCAAAAAAUUAGUUUGCAACAGGUUUAUGAAUUAUUCCUCUAAUCCUACAUUGAUCUUUGAAACAAGGUUUAUAAUUCAGUGUCUGAAAGGUUCCACUGAUUAAAGGUGUGAAUCAAUCCUUGCUAACAGUUCUUAACUGACUUGAACAUUCCAUGCAGUGGCCCCUCCAUUGUCCAUCAUGAAGAAAAUUAAUGAGAAUUUGGGGAACAUCAAGACCUUAAAUGAAACCCUUAAUCUGAUACAGAAACCUAGAAAUUGGAGACAAGUCCAAUCCAAGUAAUGGACUGUAAGAAAUCAGUCUCUCUUAAAUUUAUAGGCUUUGAAUCUUGUACAAAUAGUUCUCUUCCCCUCUCAGCCUCAUUCUCAUGACAAAAACCUCCACAGCUUCUUUCUGGCUGACAGACACAGGUUAUGCCUGUUACCUCUGCCUAGGACUUGUCUCCAACACAGGCUCUGAAACCAGAUAGUUUUAACCCUGACUCACUUGGAGUUGAUGACCCACAUGUAAACUGUGUGAAGGUUAAAGCAGGCUCAAGAGAGGAUGGGAAAGAGAUUUCAAAUUAAUCCAGUCUUGCUUCAGCCCAAACCCUACAUUAGUUAACAGUUCAGAGGGAACACCAGCAACAGAUGCCAGCACUCACUCUGCAUCAUCCUCGGAGACCAGUAACCAAUUCUUGUCUGUGAUUCGCUGUAAGCUUUUCCUAACUAUUUAGCUCAUGCAUUGUACUUAAACUAUUGCAUCUCAAUAACAUCUUUAAUAUCAAUAAUGAGUUUGACACCCGACUGCCCCUUUGCAGUAAUUUGGGACUCAUGGAAUCGUAGUGGCCCAGUUCAUAAUUUUGAGAAGCAGUGUUCUGCGGUAAAUGUGAAUGGAGAAGUUCCUAAGUGAAGCCGGGGUAUACAAUGAUGUUGGCAUAUUAAAGGAAAUGGAAAAUAACCUGCAGAUUGUAGAUGGGUGCAAUGGGAGUUAUGAGUAUACACUCAGUAGGGUUUCUAAGGAGUUGAAGAGUCAAAACGAAGGUUUGACUUAGGUCCAGAAUCAGUUGAUAUGUGUUUUGUUUUAAAUUUGUUUAUUGGAUGUGGGGCAUCACUGGAAAGACUAACAUUUAUUGCCCAUUCCUAGUUCUCCUGGAGAUAGAAUCCCUACAGUGUGGAAACCGGCCCUUUGGCCCAACAAGUCCCCACCAACCCUUGGAGCAUCCCACCCAGACCCAUCCCCCUAAUCUACAGACCCCUGAACACAACGGGCAAUUUAGUUCAGCCAAUCCACCUAACCUGCACAUCUUUGGACUGUGGGAGGAAACCGGAGCACCCAGAGGAAACACACGCAGACAUGGGGAGAAUGUGCAAACUCCACACAGACAGUCGCCUGAGGGUGGAAUUGAACCUGGGUCCCUGGUGCUGUGAGGCAGCACUGCUAACCACUGAGUCACCGUGCCGCCAAUGGUAGUGGUGAGCUGCCUUCUUGAAUAGCUACAGUCCAUUUGGUAUAGGAACACCCACAAUGCCACAAGGAAGAGAGUUUCAGGAUUUUGACCCAGCAACACUGAAGGAAUAGUGAUAUGUUUCCAAGUCAGGAUGCAGAGUGGCUUGGAGAGAAAUUGGUACUUUCCCCAAGUAUCUGUUGCCCUUGUCCUUCAAGAAGGCUAUGGGUUUAGAAAGUGUUGUCAAAGAAGUUUUCAGUGCAUAUGUGUGUACAUUCAAGCUGGUUUAACAGUGCAAGUUUUUUUGAGGGAACUGGUGGAUCAGUUGAAAAAUAAAGUGAUGUUUGGUAGGAGAGGGUUGUGCAGGACUGCAGUUAAUUAUACUGGGAAUAGGAGGCACAGGAUUGGACAGGCCCCAACAAAGGAGAAAAUCAGUACUAGCACUGGAACAGAAUAUUGAGUCAGAGGCAGUAAAUACCAGGCUGAGUAAGGAGUUAGAAAGCACCAAGGGAGCUCUGAGGGAGUUUGUUCCACAACAAACUACCUUGAAGCAGACCGGGCUUUUGUUUUGGCAAAAUCCAUCAGUUUCAGGCACGAACUGCCAGUGGGGCCAGUUGUGGCACUGACUGCAAAAUCAGAGCAGUGGACCAAGGACCUUGCUGGAACAAUAUAGCUCGAAACAUCUCCCCUGGCUCUGCUCUGCUUUCAAUUUGCUAAUGUAUUCGUGUCUAUUCACAGAUUCUGAUCCGAACUGCAAAAUGACAUCCUGGAGUUGCUUGUACUGCAGAUUUUUAAUUUAAUGUAUGCAUAUAAGUGUCUUUAUUAAACAUUCCUCAAUAGUGAAGUCACUGAAAUAA